AUGUCGAAUCGAAAGCGCUCGCAAGUGUCACAAGAAGCCUCGGAGUCGGAAAGCGAGAAUGAUGGUUCGAAGCGCUCUUCUAUAACCCCUCAAUCGAGAAAACGUCUCCGCGUAUCCAGGUCGCCGUAUUCCGAAGAAAGCGACGAAGCGAGCGAAAAUGAGGGAAAUCGGGGUUUUAGAUCAGUUACCGCCGCUCUUGAGCAGGACGAGGAGGAGCUGGAACUACUGGCGACCCAAAUGAUACAAGAGAAAUACGCCUUUUACAGUGAUGAGCCCAAUGUGCCUUCCGAACACGGGAUUCUUGAACGGGUUGAGUGCUAUAACUUCAUGUGCCAUGAUCACUUCCAAGUUGAGCUCGGUCCGUUGAUCAAUUUCAUUGUGGGUAAAAACGGUAGCGGCAAAAGUGCGGUUCUUACAGCUAUAACCCUCUGUCUCGGCGGCAAAGCCUCGGCGACCAAUCGGGGUCAAAGCCUCAAAAGCUUCAUCAAGGAGGGCAAAGAUGCCGCUACGAUUGUUGUUCGAAUCAAAAAUCAGGGCGAUGGCGCUUAUUUGCCAGAUGACUACGGGAAAUCUAUCAUCGUGGAGCGACAUUUCACCAAAACCGGUGCCAGCAGCUUCAAGAUCAAGUCGGAGAGCGGACGUAUUGUCUCCAGCAAGAGGGCCGAGCUUGAUUCCAUCAUUGAUCACUUUACUCUGCAAUUCGAGAAUCCUAUGAACGUUCUAUCACAAGAUAUGGCCCGCCAGUUUCUCAGCUCCUCAAGCCCCUCCGAUAAGUACAAGUUCUUCGUGAAGGGUGUUCAGCUGGAGCAGCUUGACCAAGAUUAUCGAUUGAUGGAAGAAUCCCUCGAUCAAAUUAUGGAGAAGUUGCGCAAUAAAGAGCAGGACAUUUCUGUUCUGAAAAAUCGCAAAGCUGAUGCACACAAAAAGCUUGAGAUAUCAGACCAACACGCGUCCCUCAGGACCCGGAUCGAAAACGUUCGGAACCAGCUGGCUUGGAUGCAGGUUGAAGAACAAGAGAAGGAAAGGGACGAUGUGGAAGCGGAAAUUGCUAUCAUGCACGACAAAAUAACGGAGGCUGAAGCUCAGCUCGAGGGAUACGAUGCCGCGAUCCGCGCAGCUGAGGCCGAAUCUGAAACAGCAGCCGAGUACGUCAGAGUAGCAACAAGCAAAGUUGAGGAUGCCCACAAUGAGACCGAACAGGUCAAGUCCAGGCUGGACGAGAGCAUGGCUGAAAGACAUGACCUUCAAGCUCAGCAACGCCGUAUAAGAGAGCAUUUAAAAGGGGCCGAGGAGAGGGUUGACGAGUUACAGCAAAAAAUUCGUCAGGAAACUCAACGCCUAGCUGAUCUUAACGGUGGCGGUUACUCCCGGAGGCAGGAUGAACUUGAGCAGGCGAAACAGGAUGCUGCGAACACACGUGAACAAUACAAUGAGCAUGGACGACAAGAGGAGCGUGUUUCUGAGGAUGUGAAAAGGGCGGAAAUUCAAGAAAAGGCGGCAAACUCACCUCUUGAACAGGCCAAGCGUGAUCAUCGGGAAGCCGAGUUACUGUUACGCAAUCUCAGCCGAGAAGGUGGGAGCAGACCUUCUGGGUUCCCUGAUGGAAUGCCGGCUCUUCUUAGGGCAAUCCAACAAGAGCAGUCUUUUACCGAAAGGCCUAUUGGGCCUAUUGGUAACUUUGUGACCUUGCUCAAGCCAGAAUGGUCGUCCGUUCUGGAAAGCUCGUUUGGGGCGACGUUGAAUAGUUUCAUCGUUACCUCAAAAGGGGAUCAAAGUAUUCUAUCAAAACUCAUGCACCGAGUCAAUUGUUUGGUUCCAAUCUUCAUUGGCAGCAAUGGCCGUCUAGACACGUCCCAGCACGAGCCAGAUGGCCGUUUUGACACUGUACUGCGAGUUCUUCAAAUCGACAAUGACCUAGUACGCCGGCAAUUGGUUAUCAACCAUGGCAUUGAGCAAAAUCUUCUUAUUGAGAACCUAGAAGAGGCAUCCUCUAUACUAUUCGAUGGCGAUAGGCCAAGGAACGUCAAGCGUUGCUACUGUAUCAAUAAGACCGACAGGCGCCGGGGAAUACACUUGUCCUACAGCCGUAAUGGCGAACCAAGCCAGGCACCUGUUUCCGUGUAUAACGGUAACCCGCGGAUGAAAUCUGACCGGGACUCCCAGAUCAAAGUCCAACGCGAUGCAGUCGAGAAUCUCAAGCGUCAGUUAAACGGUCGACAAGAAGAAGCUCGCUCCGCCCAGUCUCAUUUGUUGCGCUGCAGGCAGGCUCGCGAGCGUUUCGAGAGGAAGUGGAACGAGCUUCGUCUCGAAUGUCAAAGAAAAGAUGACCGUGUCGAAGAACUUGAAGAAGCUCUCCAGAAAGAGAGCGGGGAAGAUGGAGAACUCGAAGUACUCCAAACCACUCUCCGCGAGGCUGAAGAGGACAAGGAACUCAACGAAGGUCAACUAACUGAUAGCGCUACCGCCAUGAAUGAAAUGAUGCAAAACUUAAAAGCGAUCAGGCAGGAGCUCGCGGCGAAAGAAGCCGAUAUGGCUCGCUUAAAGGAAGAGCUCAAGGUUGCUGAAAGUGAGCAGCAUCUUAUCACUGACAAACGACGAAAGAGGAUUAGCGAAAAGAAUGCCGCAGUUGAACACAUUCAAGGUAUCAAACGAGCCACAGAAAAACUUGGGCGGAAAAAAGAGGAGAUUGUGGCUCGGAUACUUGAGUUCUCUGAGAAAGCCAAUAUGGUCUCACAGCGAGUUGAAGUCGCCCAAGGUGAAACUAAAGCUAGCCUGGAGAAAAAAUACGACAAGCUACGGAAAGAUCAGGAUCGAUACAGCAGAGAGCUGGGAGGCACAAGGAAUGAAAUCGCUGCCGAAGUAGCGAAGGCAGAUAAAGAUUACCAACAGGCGUUAGACCAAGUUCACGAAUUUCAGUCUCUUGCUCAGGCCCUCAAGGACACCCUCAAACAUCGCAAGGACCGCUGGAGAGUUUUCAGGUCACACAUCUCUUCCCGUGCCAAAGCCCAAUUCACAUAUCUUCUAAGUGAGCGGAGCUUCCGGGGGCGACUUUUGGCAGACCAUGACAAUAAACUUCUGGACCUACAGGUCGAACCCGACAUAACAAAGGACAGCAGCGAAGGACGUGGCGCCAAAACACUGUCCGGCGGCGAGAAAUCCUUCUCUCAAGUUUGUCUUUUGCUGGCUCUCUGGGAGGCCAUGGGAUCGCCCAUCCGUUGUCUGGAUGAAUUCGACGUAUACAUGGACCAUAUAAAUAGAAAGAUGGCAAUUGACAUGCUUAUGCAUGCCGCCAGACGGUCGAUCGGACGACAAUUUAUCCUCAUCACACCAGGUUCGAGGGCUGAGAUUACUCUUGCGCCCGAUGUAAGAGUCAAAGAAUUAGCUGAACCAGAACGAGGUCAGGCAAGGCUGUCAUUCCGCUAA